GGAGUUUGAUCGAUUCUGCCGGUCAAGGUUAUGGAUUGGAACUGGUAGUUUUGCAAUGACUAUUCGGAAUCUAGCUGCUGCUAUUUUGGGGAAGAAAACAGGCCUAGUGCCGAUUGUUAAAAUUACUCGAGACUUCCACUUGAAUAUUCCAUCGUAUGCAACUCAGAAGAAAACUGUUACUCUUAUACCUGGUGAUGGUGUUUGGCCGGAACUAGUUGCUUGCGUUAAAUCUGUUUUCAAAGAGUUCAGUGUUCCUGUAGAAUUCGAAGAAGUUAAUUUAAGCUUUUCUGACUCAGAUCCGGAUAGUGCUCUCAAUAAUGUUGUUCAUUCUAUCGCUAAAAAUAAAGUCAGUUUAAAAGGAGUUGUUCGUACACCAAUUGAAACUCAGGGAAUUAGUGCACUUAACUUGAGGAUGAGACGAGCUUUGGAUCUCUAUGCCAAUGUUGUUCAUAUUCGCACGUUAAAUGGGAUUCCAAGCCGUCAUCACAAUCUUGAUUUCGUUAUAAUACGAGAACAGAUAGAAGGGGAGUAUUCAUCGCUUGAACAUGAGUCUGUUAAGGGAGUGGUUGAAUCAUUGAAAAUUAUAACACGGCAAAAUUCUGAACGAAUUGCGAAAUUCGCAUUUGAUUAUGCUGUUCGCAAUAAACGUAGAAAAGUGACUGUUGUUCACAAAGCUAACAUUAUGAAAUUAAGCGAUGGAUUAUUCCUUGAAACUUGUCAGAAUAUAGCUAGAAUGUAUCCACAUAUUCAGUUUAAUUCCAUGAUUAUAGACAAUUGUUGUAUGCAGCUAGUGAGUAAUCCUCAACAGUUUGACGUUAUGGUUAUGCCUAAUCUGUAUGGUAAUAUAGUUGAUAAUCUUGCUGCUGGCCUAGUUGGCGGUGCUGGUGUUGUACCUGGUGUAUGCUACAGUCAUGAGGUUGCAGUUUUUGAACCAGGCACUCGACAUUCAUUCUCAUGGGCAUCUGGCAAGAAUAUAGCCAAUCCAACAGCUAUUUUACUAGCUAGUUCCAACCUACUGCGUCAUAUCAAUCUGGAGAGUUAUGCCAAUAAAAUUGAGUCAGCUGUACUUAAAGUACUUAAAGCGAAGAAGGCAUUGACCUCAGAUGUUGGUGGAAAUUCGUCGACAACUGAAUUUACAGAAGAUGUCAUUAAAUAUGCUCACUCUUCAAAGGAUCAUGCAGUUGCUCACUAACACAUACUACUACUACUACUACUAUAAUUUGUGUUUAGAUUUGUUUAUGGUAUUUACUUUAGCCCCCUUGUAUAAUAGCUAUUUUGAAUUCAUAUUUAACCGUAAUUUUUUGAGUAGAUAACCACCUUUGCUUUUGUAAUAUUAGUUAUCCUUGCUUCUGUAUCACAAAGUUAUUAAAGGAUGCAUUGCUUAUUGUGACUGUUAAUUCAUACCUGUAAAAGGUUGUCCAAGCGUUUUACUUACUGUAAAUAAAGGAACAGUUGUUUUCUGGGUGUGAUUUUUACCGCCCUAAUCUAGCUCUCUAGCGAUUUGAAGUACGAUUUAAUGCAUAUCUAUGUGACAACAAUUUUCUUCUCUAUCAACCCUGUCACUUUAAAGCCUAUCUCAUAAUUAAUGUCAAUAAAAAGUUUGAGCAUUGUGGAAUAGAUCA